CAAAAAACUGUUUCUAUUUAGGUGAGCAAAGCACGCGACAUACUACUGGCCAAUUUCUUGUUUGUCCACUGUCAAAAGAUGUUCUCCUGAUAGUCAAAUUUGUAGAAUUGCACACAAAUAACGACUGAAUUUUUACUCGCUUGAAACUACUGCCUUGAAAAUUGGCUGAUCACGCAGAUGGCGCAUGAUCAACCAAUAAUAAUCAUUUGGCUUGUUAUCACAUGGAAGAACUCUGCAACGUGCUCCGAAAAAAAUUGAAUUUUAUAUUGCGUGACAAUCGAAACAGAUAAAAAACUUUUUAUAAUUCUUUACUAUGGAAAACAAAACAAUCAAGGUAGGAAUAAUAAGCGGUUCGGGUCUAGGUGAUAGCAUACAUAAUGUAUUUAAAUAUAGCAGUACUACAAAACGUGAGGAUGCGAAAAACGAUUUCGGUUAUCCCUCCAGCGAUCUGUAUCAUGGAUGCAUCGAGGGAGUGGAUGUGGUAUUAUUAUCUAGACAUGGUGUUGGACAUAAAUUAAGUCCUACAGCUGUUAAUUACCGCGCUAACAUAGAAGCAUUGAAGCUUACUGGAUGCACUCAUGUAUUGGCAUCUAACGCGUGCGGAUCGUUGACAGAAGCGAUUGGCAGAGGACAACUGAUUAUACCUGAUAGCUUCAUAGAUAGAACCAGCUCCAGAAAAAGCACUUUCUAUGAUGAAACAUCUACCAAGUAUAGUGGAGUAUGCCACAUCCCGAUGGAGCCCGCUUUUGAUCCACGUACAUCAGAGAUUUUAUUAGAAGCGGCAAGAAAAUUGGGAUACAAUGUAACAAAGGGAGGAACAAUAGUGAUUAUUGAAGGACCGCGUUUUUCUACGAAAGCAGAGAGCAAGGUUUAUCGUGCCUGGGGUGGACACUUGAUUGGCAUGACUACAUACCCAGAAGUGUGCCUAGCAAAAGAGGCGGGGCUUCUGUACGCGUCUAUAGCAAUGGCUACGGAUUACGAUUGUUGGAAAGAUUGUGAUAAUGUUCAUGCAGCUGACGUCGUAGUGAUAUUUAAGCAAAAUGUUGAUAAAGUGAUUAAAUUGUUAAUUGAAGCUGUAAAACUAAUCGGUACAGAAGAUUGGGAUCAAGAUAUUCAUAAAUUAAAGAACUUAAUCGAGAGCAGCAAUGUGUCCGUAAAAUGCUAAAACUUGACGAUGGGACCAAAGAACUAUCCUAAAAAAUAUACAUAUAUAUACGUAGUUAUACGUGAAUAUAAUUCCUAAAAGAUCAUGUACUAAUUUGUAAUCAUAUUUUAUGGCAUUACAUCUUUUAUAAAAGCGCCUAUUCGCACAAAUG